AGUCUUCUAGGAAACGUCCUAAACGACCAUCAAGAGCAAGAACCAUGACGAUCGACGCCGACGUCAUCCAAGGCGUCGCAGGUCGUCGUAGUACUGGCUUAGCCAUUGACGCUUUUGGUCAGCCAGUCGGGACCGACAGAAAAAUCACGGAGGCGAGGGUUAAGUUAGGAAUGUGAAUCCCGCUAAAAAGAAAAACUCAUGUUGUAAAGCUAACGGUAGAAUCAGAUAAACUGAAGAAUCUACUGGAUACUACAACAUACAACUACUACCACUUCCACUAUUUGUUACUGUCCUCACUACUUGCCACGGCCACUUAUCGAUAUGUAGAAGACAGAGUAAGUACUUAGGUUCUUGAAUCUCCCGACAUGUAGCUCUUCUAAGUCAAGCCUGGUUAAAAGAAAAGAACCUUUCGCGAUUGUUCAAGACUUUACAGAAGCACAGGUUCGACGAUUUUGAGACCCUGCAAGCGCUAGACGAUGGGUAUCUCCGUGAAAUGGGCGUGGUUGCGGGUGAUCGCGUCCGCCUCCUUAAAGCUAUUCGGGGAGACUUUUAUUUUGGAGAAGGACAAGGAGGUGGAGGUUCGCCUUCUCCGCGAGGGCCACGGACCAGGUUUUUAGACCUUGGAGGAGAUGAGGACGAUUCGCAUCUUUAUCAUGGACUUGGGCAUGGAAGUAGCAGAAGAGCAGGGGAACGACGCAUGUACAACGAUAAUGCUGGUCGCUCUCGUUCUUACAACUACGACCACCACGUCGAGGCGGGAACAACAAAAAUAUCUUCAAGGCCUCCUCCAUUCGAACAUGAUCAACAAAGACGACAAGAACAUGGUGGGCGGCAAGGGCAUCAAAAGACUGUCCAAAUUGUUGGAGCACCGACUUCUUUGGAGGAAGAAGAAGACGAGGAAGUAGGAGCUCCUGUGAAGAAAGAUCAAGUUGCACAGCAGGAUCACGAGCGCAACGACAAUAGCAAGAAAGAGGAAAAGAACAAGGCCAUCAGCACUGCUGGAGAACCAAAGCAAGUGGCUGAUGAAUCGCUCGCGGCCGUAGUAGUGGAAGAACAGGAUAAGAGAGAUCAGAACAAAGUCUCGACGUCACCCCAUGCUUCUCAAAACAUCAUCAGAGUGAAUAAUACUAUCAACAAAAAUACUCCAACAGGAGCAGGAGCUCCGCCACAGCGUUUACUUCCUGGUGGUGCCACCUCAUCUCGGCCACAACUGAGACGUAGCCGCAGAUACGAGGACUUGGACCAAGUCGAUUGGAAUAUGGGAUCUGAAGCAGCUAAUCGGCGAAAGGAGUACGCGAAAAAGGUGAUUGGAGUGAGUAUAUUUUAUGAACUACUUCAUCAACUUCUUGUAUUUAUCAUUAUUUAGACAGGACGAUCACGAUCAGAAGAUCUUCGCAAAAACGUCCUGGCAUGGGAGACGGGAUUGAAUUUCCACACACUAAAAGUAUCUGAAGAAGACGUUGAUGAAAUUGAAAACUUUUGCAAAUUAAUCUCUGAUGCAAGCAUCAUCUAACGUUUCCUGGAGGGUCUAUUGAUCGCGCUGCGUGCGACAAUGUGGUGGGCUCAGUGUUUGGUCUAUGUGCCUCUUUUCAUAGCGAAUUUGUAUGGCUUGCAGUGGAGGAAACGCGUCGACGUUUUCACAGCCUUGCGGGGAUUGCGUGUGGUGGAAAAACAGCAAUGUGGGUAUCUGGGUUCCGACGUCUACAGAAGCUCUGUCGCGGAGUGCGAGACGGUUGUUAAGGGAGUGGGUAGAUGAGUUUUCAGUUUUGUACUUCUACUUAGCUUCCUUCCGAUUUGCAAGAUCAGUAUCUCCAUUUGCUUGAGCAGUGUUUAAUGUAGAGUUUUGUGGCAUUAUUCUGAUGUGAAACUGCAAUAUUUUAUACAUUGUGAAGGAGGACCUCUCCCUGGUGAAUUCAGGCUUUUUGUUUUUGCCGACAGGAGCCAGGUCACUUCUUUGAUUUUUUCUUUCAUCUAUCUUCUUCAGGAGGAGGAUGGUUUUGUUCUCUUUUCAUUCUAAGAUCAAGCAAGGACGGAAGCUGCAGAGAGGUGCGAUGUUGUUAGUCUCGCAAGCAGUCGCACUGACAUUUAAGGCUAGAACCGCUAAUCUAUCUCUAUUACUUACUACGUACAGAGGACCUGAUGAACGGCCCAACGAAGGAAUUCUAUCAAGGGAUUAAUGCCUAACUUCUGACGAGGGAGCGCACGCCACGACACGAAAUAAAAUGCUUGAACAACAAUCAUAGGCGGAGGAUCAGAACAAGCUCAUGCUCAAGGAGCUCUAAUACGGCGGUCUGGGUCUUUGGUCUGAUGAUUUUCUCUAGUGUAAUGAUACUGGCUGACAAGCGAGAAGAUGUGACGUUUGAGGCGGUCACCAAAAGCGUUUUUCAGGAUGAUAGCUCUACUUUCAACUGGUUUGCGGUGACGAUUUUGGGUAUUCUUGCAGCUUUCAGCGGAUGCUAUGCAUUUUAUGAUGUUUGAAAUGGAAAAUAAUAAGAAGCUUUUUACUCGGUAGCGUUAUACAGAUAUUGAUGAUGUAGUUGCAGCAGAGGGUGCUCAAAAAUGAAUCAAGAACAUGUGAAAUAAAUGAUUGUAAUUAUACAAUCUUAGAUCUAGCGGAAAACGAUAGAUACCAACUGAUGCUUGAUGUGCCCAAAAAAGAAGCACAUUCGAGGGUCGUGCUAAGGAGUAAGAGUAAGCUUUUUCUUCAUCCUUUCAUACAUUGCUGUUUAUCGCCAUGUUCCGCAACGAGUAUCGGAGUGGCUUGAUCAAAAAAGCCCACGUUGAGGAGCUCAAGACGAAGGUUGCGCGUUUGCAAAAACUCGAUAUCAAGGUGAAAAAUGAAUACGACUCUUCGUCAGUCCAGAGAAGCAUCAGAGAUGGAGUUGAAAAUGCUGGAGGCAGCCGAGACCAUGGAGAAAAGAAAAACAAUGAAGACCACAGCGAGGAGUCUUCAUAUCAUAGAGCAGUGGACGUAGGCAAGCAAGUAGAUCCGCAGAUCAAGCCGCUGUUCGAUCUAUCGCUUCCGCUAGACGAGCAGUCUUUAGUUGGCAAGCUAGACGUGAGCGUUCAAAGUUCGACUAAGCUUAUGGUCACUUUGAUAAAUAUAUCAUUUUGGAAGAGAAAUUAUUGCUACCUCGUCGCAGCUAAGAUGAAAGUAGUUGUGGUAGUGUUCUCAUCUUAUCACAAUAUCAUCGAGAAACGAGGAGAGGACAAAUACGCAGUUCUUUCCCUAUCCUCGUCUAACUCCCAAAACCUGUGGGAGCAGAUUGGACAGGUGGGAGCAGUUGUAAAGUUUUUGAAAGGGGGUGCCUGA